GGAUACAUAGGAAAAGUACUUCUCAAUGGAGAUUCUGAAUAAAACAAAACUAAAUAUUAAAUUAAAGUCAACCAUCUAGAAAAUUAUUUAGAAAAUAUGAAAAUAAAGUAUAGAUCUAUAUAGCGAUUCUCUGAGAAACUAUUUCAUCGCACUUGUGUGUCAUUGAUGUAAUUGUUUCUUAGAAAUGAAAGAAAGGGGCUAGCUAGUUAAUGCAUAUUUAAUUGUAAUAAUACAAAAUGAAACCGAUAAUCUGGUUGCUUCUAAGCUUAUCCUCUCAUUUUUUUUUUAAAUAUUGUGAACAGAUGAACUGCAUUUGUGAUGCAAAGUUGAGACGCGGAAAGCUUCCUGGUUAAUCAGCGGAUCAAUGGAGCGGAAAUUAAAUCUCAUUAAAGAACUGGAAAAUCUAUGUCUUUGAAAUACAAGUGGGCUGUGGACCAAGACAACCAACCACUGAAGUACUGAGGUUUUAACCAGGGAAUUACAGUUGGAAACGUUAACAAAAAUGGGAAGUAUUUUAUCUGGGCCCUCUAAACAAUCAGCUCACAAGACUGUAGACGAGCCAUUUGUGAAAACUGCCAACAAGACGAGCGUCGAGCCAGUUGUGACAACGACCAUCGACGUACCUCUAGUGACAGCUGCCAAAAAGAUGUUAGACGCGUCACUUGUCACACCUACCACUGACACCAUCGACGUACCUCUUGUGACAGCUGCCAACAACAAAUUUGCUUUGGAUCUCUUCAAGAUUCUCUACGAUGGAAACCAGAAAGAAAACACGUUUGUUUCACCUUUUAGCAUUUCUGUUGCUCUGGCCAUGACCCAUUUAGGAGCUCGCGAGGAAACAGCUCAAGGAAUGGCUAAAGCCUUGCGCUGGGAGACAGAUGACGAGACUAAACUCCAUGAGCAGUUUCAGGCUUACGUCACACAGCUACAGACACCAAACGAUCAAUACCAGCUGUCAACUGCCAAUAGGAUCUACAUAGAAAAAAGCUAUGCAGUUUUAGACGAGUUCAAAAACAAAACAAAGAAGUGUUACCUCGCAGAGACAGUGAUUUCAAAUUUUGUGAGUGAUGCUGAAAAUGAAAGACUUCAGAUCAACAGCUGGGUCUCAGAACAAACCAAAAAUAAAAUCAACGACUUGCUGACGGCUGGUGUUCUGGGUGCACUCACUCGCAUGGUGCUUGUUAAUGCUAUUUACUUUAAAGGCAACUGGGACAAGCAGUUUGAAGUAGAGAACACCAAACCCAAGCCAUUUAAAGUAGCCCCAGGACAGACCAAAGAUGUGCCCAUGAUGACAAUGACUCAUAACUUCCCCUACAUUGUAGAUGAGGAACUUAAGUGCACUGCUCUUGAGAUUCCAUACAAGGGGAGAGAACUAGGAAUGGUUAUUAUUCUUCCUGAUGAAGAUUUUGGCCUUCAGACACUUGUGAAUAGUUUGACAUCUGAGAAAUUGGAGGACCUGCUUAGCCAAGUCAGAGGACCAGGAGAGGAAGUCAGUUUCUCAUUCCCUAAAUUUGAGGUGACCAGCAGCUUCCUGCUAAAAGAUCCCUUAUCUAAACUUGGCAUGGCUCAUGCUUUUAUUGAUUCAAAAGCCAAUUUCAGUGGCAUAUCAGAGGAGAAUGACCUGGAUAUAUCUGAGGUUAUCCACAAGGCUUUUGUUAAGGUCAAUGAGGAAGGGACGGAGGCGGCUGCUGCUACUGCAGUUAUUAUGAUGUACAGUCGUUGCAUGCCCAUGCUACCUCAUGAGGUCACUGUUGACCACCCAUUUUUGUUUGUCAUCAGGGAUAAUCGAGCCAACGGUAAUCUUUUGUUUUUGGGUCAAAUAGCUGACCCGUCAUCUUAAACAAAUUCGUUUUUUUAUAUAGAGAUCUAAGCAUUACAAAUAUUUAAAAUUAUUUUUUAACUUUAUUUUAGAAAAGAUUUACUGGUGCUGCAAUUAUAUGUAAUUAACCUAUUUACAGUUGUAAUUAUAAAAUUAUCCUAAUGACUAUUGAAGAUUACUGUUAAUUGAAGCUAAUGCUGAUGUGAUUAAAAUGUAGUUUGUGAUGUUCUUUUAAUUGUUUUAAUUAAUUCAAAAUGGGUUUUUUAAUAGAUUUUUAAAAUUAACAUGGCAGUUUAAGAAAUAUUUAUCACAACACAUAUUCUAUUUUGUUUUGCUAAAAAAAUGUUUAGGUUAUUGUCUAUUUAACUUCAUUUUGUAAAACAUCAUUAAGACUGGGUUUGCAUUACUUUAGAAUUUAGAAUUAUAUCUAACAAUAAUACCUGCACUUACCAGGGGCGGAACUACAGUGCCACCAGACCCCGCAAUGCGGGGGGCCCACGCCAUUUAGGGGCCCAUAGCCGACCAUAAUAAAUGUUUUAUAGUUUAAAAAAUAAUUUUCUUGACAGUAAAAGCUUUUGUAAAUAACAAACAGAUCUACUGCAUUAGUGAUGUUAUACAGUAGCUAACACAUCCUGUUGCGUAAAAAAAAUAUAUAUGCCUGAGCUGUAGUGUGAAAGAUAG